GUGUAGAUCAUGAAUAUGGAACUUGAGGAAUCGAAUCCAUUAUAUAAAGCAAGUCCCCACACCAAUAUUUCAUUUUUCUCGAAACUCACUAAUGAAGCAAAAACUCCACACCAACAUUUCAUUUUUCUUAUUAUAAAACCUUACCUUCCCACCACUCUCAAUCAUUUCAAAACUACUGCCCUUUUUUUUUUCAAAAACUCUCUCCCUCUCAUACUCUCACUCCCCGGAAUUAAACAGAAUCACUCAGAAAUCAUUCAGGAUUCGGAAAUGUCUGACACAUCGAAACAUUACAAGAAAACGUUUCAUCGCAGAAACGAUUCUGAUGAAGAGCUUGAUGUGUUUGAGGCAGCCAUGUAUUUCUCAGGCUAUAAUGAAAAUUCUGUUGCUGCAGCUUAUAACACACAGAAAAUUUUGAAAGAUGAUCAUAGGCAGUAUCCCUGGAAAGGUGGCAGAAAGAGUUUAGACUUACCGAUGAGGCCGAAUCAAGUACUACCGCAGCAGGCGCAUCAUCACACGGUGGAAAAGCAAAUUUUGAAAGAGAAGAAAUACAAGCAACCGAGUUCACCAGGUGGCAGACUAGCUAGUUUCUUGAAUUCAUUGUUCAAUCAAACGAGUUCGAAAAAGAAGAAAUCAAAAUCCGCUGCACAGUCGAUGAAAGAUGACGACGAAAGCCCGGGUGGAAGAAGAAAAAGAAGAAGCAGCAUUAGUCAUUUUAGAAGUUCAAGCAUUACUACUGAUACAAAGUCUCUAUAUUCCUCUUCAAGUUCGGGUUUUCGAACACCACCUCCUACAAAGAAUUACAGAAGCAACUCAGAUCAUACACAAAUCAUUUCAUUGCCAAAGCAAAAUGGAAAUGCAAAAUCCACAGGCUUAUUACUGUCUGAUAUUGACAAAAAGAACACAGACUUAUUAUGUGAUCCGAAAACAAAGAACCUCGAUAAUCAUCGAGUUUCAGAGAAUGAUCGGAUUUGGAACGAGAAGGAAUUUAGAAAGUUUGACGCUGUAGAUGAUGGAGCUGAGAGUGAUUCAAGUUCUGAUUUGUUUGAGUUACAAAACUAUGACUUGGGCAUCUAUUCAAGUGGUCUGCCUGUGUAUGAGACAACACAUAUGGAUAACAUCAAAAGGGUAGCACCAAUUUCGAAUGGCAUUCUCUCAAAGAAUUAAUGUACAAUUAUUUUUUAAUUUUUAUUUUUGUUUGUGAUUGUUUCUUUUUGGGUUAAUGUCAAAAAAAUCACGAAUUUUAUAUAUUUUUUCAUUUUAA